UCUUGUUUAGAGAAAACCAUGACGCUUUGUGGGUUGCGCACUUUUCAUUCAACUUCUACAACUACGCUGGGUUAUUUCCAGAUAAAGUUGUGUUGUGAUUCACCCUAAACCUUUUUAGGUUGCCUGAAACUAUAAGUUUAAUCUUUAAGUAAUAUAAUAAUAUUCUAAAUCAUGGGCGAAGUAGACAUUGAAUGGCCAUGGCAAUACAAUUUUCCGCCCUUUUUCACUUUACAAACACAUUCUGACACAAGGGCUAAGCAGUUGGUUGCAUGGAAAGCCCUAGUGCUCAAUUACUGCAAGACACAGAAGAUUUGCUUCGUGGAUACGCGAGAAACGAAAGAUAUAUCUUUGUUUUCCAAUGCUAGUAUUAAUCGAACAAUUCAAGCAGACUUGUUAAAUCUAAUCCUGAGUGAAUUACAACAAACAGGUUAUUCUGCACCUUUGGAUAAGCAGAAAUUAAGAUGGGAAAUCUAUUGGCACACUUUGGAAGAAUUUGCUAAUAUUAUUUACUCUUACAUUACUGACAGCAAUAGCACACAGACAGUACUCACAUUUUAUGAGUUAACAGAAGGUGAUGAAGUACAAGGACAAGAUUUCUAUAAACUUGCACCUGAGAUUCUUAUAAAAGUACUGAAAGUGCUUGAAGACCAAGGGAAAUGUGAAAUGAUCAUGUUUGAUGACAACCAGGGCGUGAAAUUCUUUUAAAUAUAAGAAAAUCGAAGUAUUUUUAAUGUGUAAUCAAAAUAUAUUUAUGAGAAAUUA